UAUGUUAUACAUAUGUUUAUUAUUUAUAUUUCUAAUUUACAUGGGUUAAUAUUAUGCGUUUAUUAUUACACAAUUUAAUUAAAACCGUAUCAAUAGUAUUUACUAAGGAUGGUUUUUGUAUUAAAAUGUUCGGCACACUUCAAUAGUUUUUUUGUAUUUCUUUUAUUUCUGAAAUUUGGAUUAUUUUUACUUUAACUUUACUUUUCACGUAGAUACCUAUACUAUUAUAUAUAAUCCACAUUUAACUUUGUAUCAUGAUGUUAUAAAUAGCUCUUACAAAAUAAAAUUUCAAUUUACUUUAAAUAAACGAGAGCACGAAGUCAGUAAAGUUUGGCUGUUUAAUUGUUACAUUAUAAUAAUUGAGAUAAUUAUCGGUGAAGUGAUUUCAUACCAAUUUUACUAGCAAAGUCGUUGAAACAUUAAACGGAACCGUCAAUUAUUUAGUUUAAAAUUAUUUUAACAUGUCAAUCAAAGGAAGAACAUCAUAUCCUCAAAAUAAGUAUACAUAGCAAGAUGACUUCAAAAGUUUUAUUGUUAGCUUUUAUUUUGUUAUUCAAUUUGAUAAAGUGUAACCCUUCCGGGAAAAGAAUGAAAAAUAUAUUUUUAAAUAAUUCGAAUACAAAUAUUAAAAAAGUUCCAUUCAACAAUAGUAAUACAAACAACACCCAGAUUCGUGGCAAUGACAAAAAUAAAAAUAUGUUUUUAGAAUUAGAUAACGUGAGAAAACCAAUAACACUCGAAAACGAUCGCAGAACUAUGAACAAUACCGAGAAGGUAAGUAAAAUAUUAAAAUACAAAGGUUUUGCAAAGACGGGGGGGUUCACAUAAACUUAUUUUCGAGCUACUGCCUUCUUCGCUUGAACCAUGCCACGUAGAGUACCCACCAGGAGCUUGUUUUACACAUAAUUGAUUGCUCCUUAUUUUCGGUUUUUCAAUCAGCUAGAUUUGAACCAUAAUUUUCGAGAUAAAGCGCGUUAAAGUCAAAACUUUUGUUUCCUUUUUUUUUUAAUUUUUUUUUAAAUUUGUGUUAUUUUUAGAGUAAAAGGUAAAAGUUACAUUGAAAGGUAAAAUUUAAUAUAUAUAACGUUUUCCUCUAUCUCAUAAAUUUUCCAGUAAAAAAUCUAUUACAAACACAUACAGAGUUUAUACAAACAUAACAUACACUAAAUGCUUUUAGUUUAGUGUUUAUAAUAAGGAAUUUGUAUGAAAUGUAUGAACUAUGGCAUUAUACGAGUAUUAAAAACUAUGAGAGACUGGAAAAAAUUAUAUGGGAUAACUUUUAACUUUUAUUGUAGAGCAUCGAAAAAAAAACUUCGAGAAAUUUUGAGUUUUUUUUUUAAAAACAAUAAAAAAGAAACAAAAAUUUUGAUUUUGACGAACUUAAUCUCGAAAAUUAUGGCUCAACUCUAAUUGAUUGUAGGAUCAAAAAUGAAGAGCAAUCUAUCAUCUGUAAUACAAGCAUCCGAUGUUUACUCUACGCCGCAUGGUACCGAAUCUACAAGCAUUUAUUUAUAUACAGGAAAAAUCUGGUAUCUUUUUUUUCCAUGAGGCUGUAGCUUGAAAAUGAGUAUAUCUGCAUAAUCCCACCCAUUAAUUUUUUUGCUGGAAAUUGAUCAAUCCAUCAUCCCUGAAAUAUUUGCUACUUUAUGUGAAACACCCUGCAUAGCAUACAUAUAUUCAUAUAUACUUAUAUACCUACAUAUGAAUCAAUUUUCUUUCAAUUUUCGUCUGAACUUUUUUCAACUACUUCAGAAUAAACAAAACAAUCAUAGGAAUGAUGGAAAUUUUGAAAUUAAUUAUGUUGAAGAAUAUGGUGGCCAUAAUGAAAAUGAAUUUUCUAGAAGUUAUCACAAUAAAGGAUCUAAAGGAUAUGAUGAUAACGAAAUGUUUGACAAGGAAGAUGGAAGGGAUUAUUUUAUGAAAAAUGGAGACGAUAUCAGUCAAAUUAAAUUAGAUAAGAGUUUGGCCAAUACUGGUAAGUUUUAUCAUGUUGAUAUAAAGAAAAAUAUGUUUGUAUUUGUUAAGCGAAUGAUAAUAUAAUAUAAUUAUUAAUAUUAUAACAUAACGGUAACACAUCAAUGGCAAUAUUUUUCUAAUUACACAUUAGGGAUAGGAAAAAAAUAUAAAGUUCACAGUCAAAUAUUCAAAAUUCCAGCGAAUAAAAACCAGAGUCAAGAAAAUCAUCCAACUAGUUUAAUUUUGCAAGAAAGAAACUCAUCAAUAUCAAAAAGUCCCAUAGUCAAAUCCAAAAGAGCCGAUGAGAAAAACUAUGAAGUUCAUAAGGAAAAGGCAAAAAAAUUUAAUAAAGCUAAAUAUAAUAGUAAUAAAUACGAUUCGAAUAUUGACAUGCCAGAUAUUCAAAUCCCAAUUAACCUCGGCAAACAUACAAUACACAAUAAAAAAAAAAUUGAAACUUUAGUCAAAGAUACCACAAAUUCUGAAACAAAUAUUAAGCCAUUACAAGCUGAUGUUCAUGGCGGUUACGAAGCUUUUAUCAUUCAUAAGGCGCCUAAUAAAAACAAAGGAAAAGAUCGCAAAAAUAAAAAAAAUUAUAAUGAAAAAGAUUAUAAGAGCACUGAGAAUGAACAUAAUUCCUUAAUCAAUUAUUUCCCAAUUAUAAAAACUACAAAAAAUCAUCGACACAAAUCGAAGAAACAGAAUAAAAGUAAAUCACAAAAAGAUGAAAAUGAAUAUGAUCACUAUAGCUACAAUUACGGUAGCAAUGAUGACGGUGAAUACAGUGAUGACGAGAAUUAUAAGAAUUCGAACAAUAAAGAUUAUAGCGAAAAAUUUUAUAAUGAUAACAGUAAAAAUGUUAUAGGUUCCGACAAAAUUUAUGAUUAUGAAGAUGAAACAAACAACGACUUUGAAUACGAUGACGGUGUUGAAAGUGGUAACGAAAAUAGCGAAGGAAAUGAAAACAAGAACAAUGAACGUGACGUUUUAAAAAAAUCUGGCGAAUUAGAAGCUAUAAUACCUAUUAAGAACAUAAGAAAAGAAGUUGAGAAAAAUGGCAGAGAAAGAUAUAACGAAAAAAAAAAUAUAGAUAAAUCAAUGAAAAAUCAAGAAGCUAAAACUUAUAAAAAAAAUGAAGAACGAAUUGAAAGGUCAAAAAGAAAUCGUAAUUUUGCCCAUGUCACACCUCAAAGUGGUGAAAUACCAAAAAUUAAAUUAAAUAAAAGAAAUGGAGCCUCCGACAAAAUAUAUACAAAUUACAAAACUAGACAAAAAAUGAAUGAAGGAGUUAUUCAAAAUAGGAGCAAGUCUAAACCCGAUGCUUCAUUAAAAGGGCUAUUUCCUCAUAUAAAAACAAAAAUAUAUCAGAUCAGAAAAACGCCACAAACAAGAAAGAAUGUUUCCAAAGAAAAUAUUUAUAAUAAUAGUAGGUUCUUAAGAAUGAAUUCAAAUAACAAUCAUAAAGAAAAUGUAGAUCAAAGGAAAAGUCGAAAAAAAAAUCGCAAUUAUGAACCAUAUAUCAUACAAAGAAAGCCUAAGGAUUCCGUUGAUUACAGUAAAACUAAAUAUCAGCAAAAAUCUGAAAAUGGUCCUGAAGAUAGAAACAAAGCCAAGAAAAAGCCAUUUGUUGAAAAUGAUUAUAAUGAAAGUGAUAUCAAUGAAGAUGAUAUUAGAGCUUACGACGCAGAUUACAAAUACUACGAAGAUUUAGAAGCUGAAAACCCAGAACAUAACAAAUCUGAUGAUGUUUACGAGGAUAAUGAUUUAAUUUCUGAAGAAAAAGCUGAAGACUACGACCAAAAAAAUGAAAACAAUGAUUACAAAAAUACCACUGAUGACUCAGAUGUUGCUGCAAAAAUACAAAACUCAAAUGAUUAUGGUAAUGCUAAUGAUUACGACGAAAUUGAUGAGGGGAAUAACAGCAUAUUGGUAGACUACAAUUAUAGCAAUCAACAUUUGAAUGAGAACAUUUCGAAAUAUAAUUCAAAUAGGAAAAUACCUAAAAACAACGAAAACAACGAGUCAAGGAAACGAAGAAGGCAAUAUAAAGGUUGUUAUCCGAAAACUGAAGAGGACUACAUAAACGAAAAUAGUUCUGAUGAUUGAAUGCUUACAAUGGAAAUACAAAAUAUAAAAUUAUUACUUCAUAGAUUACUUUUUUCAUAAAAAAUUAAAAAAAAAUGUUUUAGUUAAAAAAUACAAACCAUAUAAUAA